AUCAACUUCCUGUAUUAUUCUUGAAUCCUAUGUUUUGGUUUCCUCCGAACCGAAUGAGCCCGCAGUUCUUCUCCGAUAAACAGAUCUAGGGCAUGUGAGGGAGGGAUACUCCGAGGUUAAUCGGAGGCGGCGGCCGUCGGGCGCCGACGCAGCCGAGACCCCUCGUCGCGCCUUGGCCAUGCUCUCAUCCAAGGACGCCGCGUGGUGCCGCAUCAUCGUCGUAUGCAACGGAGAGCCGCCGCGCUGAUUCGUCCUCGGCGGCUCGUCGUUCUGCAUCAUCGCCUCCUGUGAAGUUUCCGAAGAGGCGGGGGAACAACAAAAAACAGUUCUUCCUCGAGCUGCAGACGGAAACCGCUUCCUGUCUCCUCGAGGCUUGGUCCGAGUCUCUCUCGUCUUCGUUCUCCGGGUUGCAGCCGGAGGCGGAAAUCGAUCAGUUAUAUAUACUCCCAAGCGCUCACCGCUCACCACCGAACCCAUAAGAUUCAGUGGAGAGCAGCCAAGACGCCGACCGCCCCACUCCCGCCGGCUAUUUUUCUCCGUCCUCUUGGCUAAUCCGCACAAUGGCGAAUGACAGUUGUCCGAAGCAGGAAGACAAUGGAGAUGACAGGCUCAGCAACUUGCCUGAACAUAUUUUGCUUACCAUCAUUGAUCGACUUGAUAUCCGCGAGGCUGCAAGAACCAGUGUCCUUUCUGGCCGGUGGCGGCACCUCCCUGCUAUGCUCUCUCGACUUGUGAUAAAUGUUUGGGACUUCUUAGACGCGUUCAAUUGCAACAAUGAUGAAAUUGUUCGGGGCAACGAAGCUGUGGUUAAAGUGACAAAGAGCAUCCUGGCACGCAGAGAUUUAAGCCGAAAUGCCAUCCAGUUUCUGUGCAUGACGUUCUUCUUGAGAGAAGAUGAUCCAAUAUCCAUUGGGCAUGCUGUUGCUCACGCCAUGGCAACCCAGAAGGUUGAGAUAGCUGAGUUCAUAAUUUUCACGGAGAGGGAUGAUACCCACUGCGACGACGAUGAUCUUGUCAAUUACGGGCGACAAUUCAUGCUAUUCUUCGGUGCAUGUUCCAAUGCAUUUGGUGGUCUCACACGUCUUAACCUAGAGAAUUUGAGAUUCGGGGAAUCAGACAUCCCUAACAUCCUCAACAUUUGCAAACGGUUAAAUCAUCUACGCCUGUUCAAUUGUGACUCAGGAAAUUCGACCAUGUUGCAAGUUGAGCACACACAACUCAUUGAGCUUGCUAUUGUUGAUUGUUCUUUUGAAAGAGUUGAGCUCAGCUCACUUCCGAAACUCACACGGAUCAUCUUUGAGGGUUGGAUCUCUUUCCAAGAUCCACUAUCUUUUGGUUAUGUCCCGUUGCUUGAUGUUGUAAGCCUCACAAAUGUUGGCCUUAGUUGGCACAAGAUGGUCAGGUUAAGUAAGUUUCUUCGGGAUACUAUCUCUGUGAGACAGUUGCAGCUGGGAUUUAAGUCCGAAAAGAUUUGGGUUCAACCAGAAUGUCUGACGGGAAGGAUGGCAUCCGUGUUUGACCAAAUGCGGUUUGUGAAUCUAGCUAAUAUUCCUGAGGGGUAUGAUCUCACCUGGACAUUGUUCAUUCUUAAAGCUGCGCCAAUCCUGAAGGAGCUAUACUUGAGUGUAUGGGAUCAUCUGUGUAUAAUGGAAACAGAUGCAAAGGAGAGGAAGUCACUCUCGUAUAGUGAGGAUAAAGGUGCACAGUGGGAAUCAUCUGCAACUGAUUUCCAGCAUCACAGUCUGGCCACGCUCGUCAUCUUCGGGUUUCAAGCUCGAGACUACAUGAUGAACUAUGUCAAGCGUGCCAUGCAAAUAUCGGUCAAUCUAAAGGAUGUGUUCUUGUAUGAUCGGUUGACAUGUGACAAGUGCUACGGCAAGCUUCCAAAGCCGUCGGAGUUUCCGCCUAAGUGGCAGCAAGGCUGUGUGAAGGAGAUAAUCACCAAGAGGAUCAAUUCGUCUGCCAUAAUUCACUUCCAUACCGUCGCCAAUUCAAGGGAUGAUCAUCUCGACAAAAUGUGGUUCCUGUAGUUUUUGUUUGGAUAAACAGUAUACUCCCUCAGUUCACUAUUAUAAGAUGGUUUAACUUUUUUUUUUUGAUUCGGAUGUAUAUGAAUGCAUUUUAGUGUGUUUGUUCACUCAUUUCAGUCCAUAUGCAGUCUAUAUUAAAUAUCCAAAACAUCUUA